UCAUAGGCAGUCAGUGCUGCGAGACAAGGCGCUUGGAGAGCAGCAACCAAAGGCGGAAAAACAUUUCAAUUUUGCUGCUGCAUUUUGAUAUUGAAAUAUUAGCUGCUAAAGGUAUCAACUUUAUCUGCUCUCAAAAUGAAACACCUUGCGCUAUGUUUCCUCAUCCUGCUGAUGGGCAGUGGCGCUUGUCGCGCUGCCAAAAUCCUUGUCAUCUUUCCACAUGCCAGCGAGAGUCAUUUCAAUGUGAUGCGCACUGUGGUCACCGAGCUGGCGGGCAGGGAACACAAUGUAACCGUAUACGGCAGCCAUGGACUCGGAGAACGUUUCGAGCGUGUUACGGAGACGCUUGUGGAGCCCGAAUAUGACUUUUGGAGCAACUUGCAGAAACAUGGUGCAGCUGGUGGCAGCCUGGAGGAUCUAAGCCGCUUGACGGACAGCAGGCUGCGCAGCUCCUUGGCCUUGGUUGGUGCUCGGGCAUUGGAUCACUUUUUGACACAGCCAGUGGUACAGACACUCCUGCAGUUGACCAGCGCUGAAUUCGAUUUCGAUGUCAUAAUUGUGGACUACUUCUACACGGAGGCGCUGCUGGCGCUAGGCUACAAGCACAACAAGCCAACCAUUGGCAUUGUUAGCACGGAUUUUGGCAAUUAUAUGGAUGAUGUUCAGGAGUCGCUGGUGCCCGUCGCCUGCUCGCCCAUCAACUUUGAGGAUUACACGCCGGAGCUUGGUUUCUUAACGCGCUUGAGUGGCAUACGUGAGUGUAUGUCACGACGCAAACAGUUUCGGAAGGAGCACCAUGCGGCACAGGAUGAAUUGAUUCGCAAACAUUUUAAAAUUGCGACCACUGUGCACGAAUUGCAGGCUAAUCAUUUGGCGCUGCUCUUGCUCAAUAAUCACGUGCCCCUGUGGACUCCGCGUCCACUGGUACAGCAGAUUGUUCCCGCUGGCGGUCUUCACAUCCGUGCUCCCCGCGAUCUGCCAUGGCAUAUCAAGCGAUAUGUGGAGGAAUCUCGCACUGGCGUCAUUUACAUGCAGCUGGGAAACGAACAGCUUUGCGGCCAGUUGCCCCCGCAAAAACUGCAGACGAUCUUUGAGUUUCUGGGCGCGCGCAAGGAGCGAGUAAUCUGGACGUGCCACGAUGUGACGAAACUGGAGGGCCAGCCUAAGAAUGUCAUGAUACAACAUGCAGUGCCACAGAUUGAUAUUCUGGCGCAUCCGGGCAUUCGUGCCUUCAUCAUGAACGGGGAUCUGCUAAGUGUGCAGGAGGGCAUUAUGCGAAAUGUGCCCAUGCUGGGAUUGCCCAUCUUCCAAAACGAACGCAAGAACAUGCAGCUGGCUGUGAACCUUGGAGUUGCCCUUCAGCUGGAUCAGAGCAAUUUCAGUAAGGCAUCGCUGAACUGGGCACUGGAUGAGCUCACCACACUGGAGACGUAUCAGUUGACCAUUCGGGACGUUUCCAGCGAGUUCCGAGACAGACCAUUUGGCGCAUUGGCCAACGCCAUGUUCUGGGUGAACUAUGUGGUGCGGCACAAGGGCGGCGCGGCAAUUAGAACACGUGGCAUCGAUAUUUCCUCGAAUCAUUUGCAUCUCUUUGAUUUGUUUGUAUUUUAUUUUGGUUUGGCGGUUGUCUUUUGCGCACUUUUGGUUGCCACUUACUUUGGAGUCGUAUAUGCAUUGCAAAGAAAACGCAAUGACACCAAAAAUGCCAAGAUAAAUUAGAGAUUAGUUUAAAAUUCAUUAAAGCCAAAGUGAACUAAUAAAGCAUCAAAGUUAGCUAUUUAA